AUGAGUCAAGCAUCAAAUCCAAUAUACGGAUUGAGAAGAAAUAAUGGAUUUGUUGGAAGUUCUAACUCUGCUGCCACUAACAACAACAACAACAACGUUAACAAUCAUAAUGGUAAUAGAAUUUCUUUAGGGUCAGCUACUAGAACAUCAUCAAUAAUAUCUAAUAAUCUCCCAUUCAGACAAUCAUUAUUACAUGGGAAUUAUGAAAAUGCAAUCAAUACCCCUUCGACUUCACAACAACAAUCUCAACAAGGGAUACUGACUCUGCAAACGAAAAGAAGAUCAACAUUAUUAUCAACACCAGCAACUACAACUAAACGAAGACAAAGUAUGAUAGGUAGUAACUUGCAACAACAACAACAACAACAAUAUGGAUCUACUGCUUUUCGACAUUCAACUCAACCUUCAUCAACAUCAAUGAAUUCUCAAUUCAAUCAAGCAUUACAGCGUGUAUCUCCAUAUUAUAAUCCAGCAUCAUAUUCAUCACAAACACCAUCUUCCCAACCUUCAUCACAACAGCAGCAACUGCAACAAUCAGUAAUACCAACAUCUGCAUCAUCCUCUCAACAACAGCAACAAUCAAUGGACCCUCGACCUUUAAAAGAUAAAAAAUAUCAAGAACUCAUACAAAAGGAAAUCAUUCGAUAUUUAAUUGAUUAUAAAUUUGAAAUUAAAACCAAUAUUGCCUUGACAGAAAAUAUUUUAAAACUGCCUACACAAAAGAAUUUUAAUGCCAUAUUUAAAUUUUUAUAUAAUCAACUUGACCCUAAUUAUAUUUUUAUUAAACUGUCAAUUGAACAAGAAAUUGUUACAUUAUUGAAAUUAUUAAAUUAUCCUUAUAUGCAUACAAUUACUCGAUCACAUUUUAGUGCUGUUGGAGGUAAUAAUUGGCCAACAUUUUUAGGAAUAUUAUAUUGGUUAGUGGAAUUGAAUUUAUCAUUACUGACUUUAAAUGAUGAUGAUUUUUUAGCAGAUGAUGAUUUUGAUAAAAUAUUCAUUGAAUAUAUUUGGAAAUCAUAUAGUUUGUUUAUUAAUGAUGAAGAAGAGGAUGAAGAAUCCAAUGGUGGAGAUAAGUUUUAUAAUGAUAUGAAAAUUAAAUUUGAUCAAUUACAAGAAAAAUUAAAUCAAGAAUUAAAUAAUGUUGAACAACAACAUGAAAAUUUAAUUAAUAAAUAUCAUGAAUUAAAUAAUCAAUUGAAAAUUCGUGAUGAUGCUCUUAAAAAAACUGUGGCAUUAGAAGAAGAUUAUAUGAAAUUAAAAUCAUAUAAUCAAAAUGUUGAAAAAAUGAUGCCGGAAUGGAAUAAAAAAUUGGAACAAUUACUGAAUGAAGUAAUAUCAUAUGAAGAACAAAUGAAUAAAUUACAAGAUCAGAAAAAAUCAAUUGAAAUAGAUUUACAACAACGAGGAAUAUCAAUUGAUAAAGUCAAUGAAUUAUAUAUUAAACGAGAUCAAUUAUCAAAAUCAAUUGAAACCAUGUCUAAUAAAAUUGAUGAUUUAAAAGAAAAAUUACUGGGGAGAUCAUAUGAUUUAGAAAAAAAUUUUGAUAAUUUAGAAUCUCUAACUAAUCAAUAUAAUGAGAUUACUAAUAAAUUCAAUUAUUAUUACUAUCAACAGCAGCAGCAACAACAACAACAACAAACGCAACAAUCACAACAACCCAAUAAUGACAAUCAAUUGAUACCACAAUUUGGAUUAAAAUUAGAUGAGAAUAUUAAAACCACUUAUGAACAACAAUUUACUCGAGAUGAAAUAUUUAUAAAUAUCAAUGUUAAACAAGAACGAACAAAUUUAUUAAAUUUCCGUAAUGAAUUAGAUCAUCAAAUAUUAAAUGAUCGAUCAUUAGCUAUGAAAUUUAAUGAAAAAUGUGAUAUUGAACAAGAUAAAAUUAAAGAUCAACAAUCAAUAAUUGAAGAAUUAAAAAUUCAAGAUUCUUUAAUGAAACGGAAAUUGGAUGAUUUAAAACAACAAAUAUUUCAAAUUCAAAGUGAAUUUAAUAGUCAAAUUGAAUCAUUAGAUCAACAAAUUAGAGAAACUAAAUCAAAUAUUCAAUCAGAUAUUUUACAAUUAGAACGAAAAUUACGUGAUGUUAAUUUAAAUAAAAGUUUAAUUCAAGAACAAUUAAUUGGUAAACGACAAAAAAUUGAUGAAGAUGUAAUUAAUUUGACUUCAUUUAUAUUAAAAUUUAAAACUAAUAUUCAAGAAAAAUUAAUUAAUAUUGCUGAUAUUGUUCAAGAUCAAUUGAAAAAGGAACAACAACAACAACAACAGCAACAAGAGCAGCAAGAACUUGAGUGA